AUGAGUUACAAUAGACCACCUCCAAGGAUUGAAGGCAUGGUGUCGUUAAAAGUCGACAACCUCACCUAUAGGACAACUCCGGAUGAUUUGAGAAGAGUGUUCAAACGAUACGGUGAAGUUGGAGACGUUUAUAUUCCUCGAGAUCGUUUCACUCGAGAAAGCAGAGGAUUCGCUUUUGUUAGGUAUAAUAUGCUUCUUACAACUGUUUAAUGCCAUUCAAUAUUAUGUUUGCUUUUUUUUUUAUUGUUUUUAAGCGUGUUGCCAGGCAUAAUUAUUGACACUUAUUUUAAUGUAAUUUGGAUGUGUACAAAAAUGAUUAUAUUAUUAAAAUUGAGCUCAAUACAAAUUAAUAUUGUCCAUAAGGUAGAGCUUUCUUAUUAAUUUGGUCGAGAUUUCUUUUAGUGGCAAUUUGCAAUGAUCCAAAACUUUGAUCUUAUCUGAUUUGACACACCAACUUACAGAGUUUUAUUUGAGAUUUUACAACUAAAUUAAGCACAAUAUUUAUAUUAUCUGUUUAGGAUAUUUUUUUUGAUAUUAUUUCAGGUUCUAUGAUAAACGUGAUGCAGAAGACGCAUUAGAUAUUAUGGAUGGUCGCAUGUUGGAUGGUAGGGUAUUAGGAGUUCAAAUGGCUCGAUAUGGCCCUCCUACUUCACCGUAUAGAAGACGCCGUAGAAGGUAGAAAUUAAUAAAUAUCUACAAGUAUUUUAGUAAUUUUAUUUUACAGUUUAAUAUGGCUUUUACAAUAUGUACUUUAAGUGCAGCAAACUGGAACUUCCAAAUAUUAUUUUGACUACAUACUAUUUAUAUAAUAAUUAAUCUAUGCCAGUACAUAUCAACUCACUAUACUUUGUAUAAAAAAAAAAUGCAUGUAAAUUAAUGAAACUUAAACUACUAGUGUCCUCUCACCUCCAAUAUUUUUUUUAUAGCUAUGUUACUGAUAUCUAUUACGUGAUAUUAAAGUACUAAAAAACAACAUUUGUAAAUGUCAAGUAUUAGUCACCUAUUCUUACAAUUUAUUGUAGUUUUUUAUGUUCUUGUUUAUUAUUCUUGUCACUAGAUUGCUAUCUGUUGUCAGUUUUAAGUAUAUUGAUUAAAAUACAGUAGAAUCCGCUUAUUCGGGACACCGCAUAAAGGGGACAAACCAUCGGUUAUAAGGGACAAAAAUAAAAGCGGCUAACUAGGUAUUCUGACCUAAAUUAUCUACUUUCUUAUUGAAACUGUAAUUAUCUAAUCUUUAUGGCUCUAUUAUAUUUUAUAUUUAUAAAAUAUACUUCACUAGAUGUUUGUGCAGAUUUUAUCUAUAAGCAAAGUCUUGAUAAAUUACAGCAAAGAAGAAUGGACGAUUUUCUGCAGCCUAACAAAAUAUGAAUUAAGUAUGUACAUAAUGUACAACUGCUAAUAAUAAUAAUAAUAUGUAAUUUUUAAAUAAAGUAUGAAUCAAGUAUGUAUAUAUUUUUUAAAUAAAGUUUUUUUAGUUUUUUUUCGUCAGUUCGGAUAAUGGGGACAAAUAGGUUACCGCCCGGUGUGUCCCCAUUAAGUGGAUUCUACUGUAAUAUCAAACUUUUUCUGUUAGUUCCCUUUGAUCUACUCUGUGUAUUUUUAAUUUGCUGAACAUAUCAAGUGUUAACCCUUCUUGAAAAUUAUUAAUUCUAAGAUGGUAACAAACUAGUACUAAUAUUAAUAUUGUCUAGGUAAUUUGUAAAUAAAUAUUUCUGUUAUCAUUUUUUUAUUUUUUACAAUUUUGAGUUUCAUUUUUAACUAUUUUCCAUUUACUUUAAAAAUUGACUUAAUACUUAAUUUUUUUUAAAGAAUGUAAGCUUUAUAAAAACCCAUUAAUAGCAACACUAUUUUCAGGUGUAGGGUGUAAUUGGGGAGUUUGGCUGAAUGUUGUGGCUGAGGCUGAGCUAAGGUGUAAUUAUCGUACUAACCACAGCGAAGGCGAGGACGUUGUUCCUGCCAAUAGCAGAUGCGUACUGAGUGCUGACUAAUGCUGAUCCGCUGAGUACCAUUUGCAGAUUUCAGUUUGCUGUCUUAAAAAAAAUAAACUAUAUAAAACAUUCUUGAGUUAUCCUUGCAACUUUGUUUAGAAUUAGGAAACUGCAAUUUUGUUUUCCUCACAAAGCCCUCAUUUUCUUUAUUUCGAGCUUGAAGAUUUUAUUUUCUCCAUUUGCAUAUGUAAUAAUGUCCUCCAUAGGAUAGAAUAGAUAUACCUAAUGUUUUUUUUGAAAUCAUUGUCAUAUGUAAUCUAAUAAUAGUUUUUAAUAUUAUAUACCCAAUCAUACUUUUAUUUUAUUAAUUAAUUUAGGUCACGUUCCACUAGAUGUCAUUCUUACUCCAGAUCUAGAUCUCAUGGACGGCGUUCACGUUCUUAUUCUAGAUCACGGUCUUAUUCUAGAUCACGUUCUCAUUCUAGAUCACGUUCUCAUUCUAGAUCACGUUCUUAUUCACACUCGAGUAGUAAGAGUUCAAGAGGACAUACAAAGUCAGCCAGCCGUUCAAGAUCAUAAGGUAAUGUUUAUAAUUUAAGAUGUGUUCAUAUAGAAUGGGUGAAAACACUAAUGAUAUUUUAAUUAACUGGUGAAACAUAGACACUAGAUGAAUAAGAUAGUUUUCCAUUUUGUAAAAUAUUCUCUUUUUCCAGCGAUAAUAUAACAGUGGAUUGGCCAUUAGACUUCUUUUAUCGUACCCAAAUGAUAGGCUAUAGGGUUACAUGUUUAUUCAUUUUUUAACAUUUUUACUAAACAACAAUAGUUCUUUUCUGUGUGUUUUCAUUAAUUUGAUUUUCGAUUUUUUUUUUUUUAGGUGUGGUUUAAAACAAUUUCAUUAUAGAAAUCCACAUUUUAAGUUUAUUCUACUGAUAUCAAAUAUACAAUUUAUUUUAUAUCAUAAUCAUAAUUUCUUAACUUUUUAUGCCAUUUAUAAAUCUCAAAAUAAUUGUAAGUUGAAAUAAUAAUAUAUAAUAAUCAUUUUGUAUCCUAAAUUUUAAUUUUUUUCUUGAAAUAUUUUUAUGUAUUAAAUAUACAUAGGCUAUAAUCCUACAACAAAUUAUAAUUUUUUUAUCUCUUUAUAUAUAUUAAGGGGUUUUUUUUCAAGUAUGGUUAAUAGUUCUUCUUAACAUCUAUUUGUUAAUAUGUAAUUAUAUUUGUUGUAAGACUCAUUAUAAUUGUAAUAAAACAUUUCAAUAUGGGUUAAAUAGGUUCUCGUAAAAAUAAGUGCAGUUUUGUUGCAAUUUAAUACAUUCACAUUUAUAAUUGGUCAUAUUUUGUACAUAUUAAGUUAUUGAGUAGUAAGUAAUAAAGUGACUUCUAACAACUGAUAAUUGUUCUCUGUAAUAAGUUUAAAAAUAUAAGUGAUUAUAAAUAAUAUGACAAUUUUUCCUGACUUAUUUUUAUUUUUUUUAUUAAUAAAUAUAAUAUCUUAUUAUGUAUUAUAUGAUUAUACAACAUGUGAAGUUCUAAUAAAAAAAAGUAAUUUAAUUCUAUUGUUAUUAGUUUAAUAUUAUGCUUUUUAAUUUGUUUUAUGGAUUGGAUUGAUGUAUAUAGCUCAUAGAGUUUAUUUAAAGUAUUUUAUAUUUUAAUUUUUAUCUUAUUAUUUGCAUAAUAUAUAAAACAUUUAUACAAUUUAGUUGUAAUAAAUUACAUUGUUAAAAACUCAUCCCUUAACCUAAUUAUCAAAAUGAGAUAAAAAGACCAUACCUUUUUCACUAUUUUAAUUAUUCACUUUGGCUGACUGUUACAUAAAUAUAGAUCACAAAGUAUAUAUAUUUUUUUUUCAGAUUUUCUCUGAAAAUAGAAACUAUUAUGUCUUAUUAUAUAUAUUUUUUUUGCCACUUACUGACUUUCUGGAAUAAAUGAGCUCAAACUUUGAAAUUGCAAGUUAAACAGAUAGCGAUGAAAUUUUAAUUGAAUUGCAUUGUGUUGUUGCAAGAUAGGGUGUCAGCUGUGUUUAAGCUACAUACACAUCUAUACAAACCCUUCAAAUGGUGGUAGAUGGAUGAUUGUGAUAAUGGUUUGUAUAUGCAUACUGUAUGUGCCUUUGGAGGUUUCUAUUUUUAAUCACCUUCCCAAUGAUCUCUUUGCUUCAAUUUCAUGUUUUUACUGGAUAUACUGAGUUUUAACAAAUACAAAGUAAUUAAGGAGAUAAAAUAUAUGUAUAUCAGUGGUCCAUUAUUGGUUACAGGUAUAAAUUAAAUAACUUCAUGUAUCACAUCUUCCCCACUACCCAACUACAACUCAAAUAUCAGCUCUUUUAUUUUUAUUUUUAAUUUUUAUAGUUUAAAAUUGCCUUAGUUUGUCUCAUAAAUUGUUUUCCAUUAUGAUUUAAGCAUGCAUGAAAAUCCCUGUUUGUUUAACUUGAAAUUAGUCUUGAAUACAUAUUUAUUUUAUCUUUCAAAUGCAUAAUAUUAAAGAGUAGGGGUGAGUCUGCAUAGAAGACAGUUUUUAGAAUCAGGUUUUCUUCAUUAUCUCGAAUAUUAAUAAUAAUUUUAAAAAAUGACUUCUUUAAGGUAUCAUAUAGAGAACAUUUCCUUUCAGAAAAAGUGUUAAACUUGAUAAUCAAAGUAAGCUCUCUGGUAGAAAGUGUUCACAUAAAAAAAAAAUAAACAUCAUUGUAAAACUUCUUUGCUCCACUUAGAAUCUAAAAUAUACAUAUAUAUUAUAUAUAUAAUAUAUUAUGAUAUAUAUAAUGUGUAUUUAAUGUGAAUUCACACCCAUACAGGUAUUGAUAAAAUUUCUUAACAGCAAAUACUACAGCAUACGUUAAUAAAUCAUAUUUUUGCUGAGUGGCUGUAAGUGUUUAUGUUACAUACUGUAUUGUUUUUUCAGUAGUUCCUUAGAAUUUAAGAAUUUUUAAUCUUAACUUACUUUUUUUGUUGGAGAGUCUUGACUUUAAUUAGUUUAUGACAUACAUCUAUGACCAACUUGGACACACUUGUCAGUAAUUGCAUUUCAAGUGUUGUCUUGGAAUACCAAUGACUAAUUGUUGAUUGGCACUUUGGUUUAAUAAUCCUAACUGUUUAUUCAAAAAUAUCUAUUCAUCUUUUGCCUGGAUUUCAUGAUCUUUGGCAUAUACCUAAGAAAACAAAUCAAUACAAAAAAGAACUGAUACUGAGGAUAGGUGCAGCCACUGUUGUAGGUGGGAAGUUUGGAAGGUAGAAUACAUAAAGAAUACAUUCCAGUACUCUAAAAAAUGUUAACACCAAAAUUUAUUUAAAGUAUUACUUGGUCUAUUUAUGGAAUUUUUAAUAUAAGUUCUUGUAUGAAGAACAAAAGUUGGCAUUGCCACAACAUACUCCUUAAAUGAUGUGAAAAAUCUAAAAUAACAGCUUUAACUAUACUUAAAAAUGCCAAAAAUCAAAAUUUGAAUAGAUACAAAAUUUAAAUAAAAAAUGGGGUGAGCACACUUGUGAAUCAUCAUAUAUAGGAAAAAUUUCUGGUAGAAAAGUUGCUCACAGCCCACCCCCCCCCCCUCCAUCUCAAAAAAAAAUACACCUAGUAAACCCAAUAGAUUCCUCACUAUGCUCCAAAUUCAUUUAAGUUGACACUGAUGAUGGAUGUACCAUUUUUAUAUUUUUCAUCAAAAUGUACCUAGGUAGUGAAGUUAUGUGAUUCCAAUGGAAAAUGCGGUAAAACUUGAUCAGAUUUUUUUGAAAAUUUUACCAAACUUAAAAUUUAACACUGGAAUCAUUUUAGGUCCUUUAUGCAAAAUAAAAAGCAAACGAGAUGGGGAUGAUCAAUACAAAAGUUUCGAAUGAUUAUAGGUUGAAACCAACAUACGGGGCUGCCCACAUAAUUGCGACAUAAGCCAUUUUUAAUAUCUCCUUUUUUACACAUCUUGUACAUUGUAUCUUGUUACUUUCGGUUCUAGUCAUUUGUUAAUAAGGACCAAAAAUUAUCUUUGCUUUACGUUUUACAUUUGAAUACAUUUUCAAAAAAAAUACUAAUAUUAACAGAGUACUCUACUCACAAAGUAGAUAACUAUCUAGGUGAGUGCCUAUACAAAUCUGGUAGGUACAUAUCUGGAGUAUACAAUUUUAAUAUUUGUAAGGAUCUGGCCUGUAAAAAACUAGACUGUAUAAAUCUGAAUGGGAAAUAUUAACUAUAUACGUUUUAAAGGGUAUGAGUAGGCAAACUAUUUAAAUUUAUGCUUGUUUUUAAAGAAUAAUAAAAAAAAAUUGAUAUAAAAAUUGAUCAGCGGUAAAAUGAGUAUAGACAAACAAGAACAUUAAAAAUUUAAAAUUUGUACCUCACAUGUUUUUACGUUCCAGAAUUAUACUAUUUAGGUUUUUAAGCGCUCCUGUAUAGUUAUAUUUUCUUAAAACAACUGUUUUUAUAUUUAAGAGUUGAACACUUUAUUCAGAUCAUCUUAUUAUUGCUCUAAUAUUAACUAAAUCUAUAAUGAUUAAGUAAUAAGAUAUAAAAUUAGUUUUAUAAAAUAUAAUAUUUCAAUAAUAAUAAUGUACAAUAUUAUACUUUGCCCAUUAGAACUAAAAUAUUUAGUUGUAUUUUUACAGAAUAUGUAUUCUAAAUUUAAUCAACAUAUUUUAUACUUAAUAUAUAAGUAAUGAAAAUAAAUAUUAAUUUUUAAUAGAUUCUUAUUGUCCCUCAAGGAACAGAUUGUAUAUUUCGUAUAUAAAAUAUAAAAGAAAAAAAUUUUAAUAAAAAUGUAUACACCAAUCUAAAAGUACUAUUACUCAAAGAAUUAUCUUUUAUUUUGAUAAGUUGUUAAAUUUUGUUUUAGGUAACUACACUGGUUUUUAAUAUAUUAUUGAAGAUAUGUGACCAACCCAUAAUAACUUGAAAAAAAAUCAGCUUUUCAAUGUUUAAAGGUUUUUCUAGAAUCUAUUGAAAAAUUUAAAGUUUAAAUAUUUAUAUACAGCUUUAAUAUAAAGAUGUGUAUUUUAAAAUAAUCAGAAAUACAAUAUGUAAAAUGUAAAAUUGAAUUUUAACUGUUAAAUUAUGUGAGAAAAUUUGUAUUAUCUCAUUCAGAUGUGAUCUUGUCCAAAAUAUACACAUUAAAACAAUAAUAGGCAAAUUUAAGUUUUUUAUAAUAUAUUCAUCAAACAUUUAUUUUAUGUUUAAUAAGUAACUGUACAUUUAAAUUAAAUACAAAUAUCAUUGACACAUUCUUAAUGUUUCUUCAGAUGCUAAAAAAGUUAGUUAAGCUAGUUAUAAGUCUAAAUUAAUUUCUGUAGUUUUGCUGAUAAAGCUUGGCCCGAUUUGUUAAGUCUUAAUGUUGUUGAUUUUCAAUCUUUCAUCAUUUCUAUAGAAUUUUGUUUUUUAACUGGGAAUCCUCCAAGAACAAAUACAGAUAAUCUAGGCUCUAAACCAUUAUCUUUCCUAAAUACAUAACCAAAAAAGUCCAAUGUCAAUUAUCAAUGACUUAAUAAUAUAAUAUUAAUAAUAUACAUAAUAACCAAUAGUGUAAUAUAAACUUGCAUAAAAUUUUUACAACCAUGUGACUAAACACAAUUCAGAUACAUAUAUAUAUAUAUGCCUUAUAUUUGGUAUUUAAUAAAAGAAAAUUAGUUGGUACAAUAAAUACAAGAAGUAUUCAUUAUUUUAUUUUACUAAAUUCUUUGUAGUCAAAACAUGAUAAUGCAAUUAGAAAAAUCCUUUGGGCAAUCAUUCUAUCGAGAAUACCAUACACAAGUAUGCAACUUCUUUUGAAAAUCUCUCUCCAAUAACUAGUUCUGACUUUUAGAAGCUAAUAACUUGUGUUAAAUUAAUUUACAUAUUUAUUUUAGUUAUUCAACCUUUUUCAUUAUUAAUUUAAAUAUUAGCAUCCUCAUUUAUUGAUAUCAUUAUUAUUUUAUUAAUUAUUAUUACAUUUUUAUUCUAUAAAAUAGUAAGUAGAAAUAUUUGUAUUACACUGUGGACAGUAUAAUAAUUGUAGAUUUUAGAAAUAAACAAGAUAUUAUUUAUAAUACUGUUAUCAAAUUAGAUAAACCCAAAAUUAACUACGAUAACAAUGUGAUAUGCAAAGUUACUUAUUAUUAUUACUCUAAGCAAUUACUGUUGAUUACAUACUAAGGCGAUAUGAAAGGUGAUAACACGCUUUGAAGUGUGAACUGCACUCAUACUAAUGUUCAAUUACUUCUUACUCCUUAGAAAAUGACCGACAGGAAACACUAUAAUUCCAUAAUGAUUAGAAGAAACAGAAAUAAAAUUCACUUAAAAUCCUCUGAAAUAAUUGCUGGUUCAUGAUAAAAAAAAUCACCUGUAUAAUCUAAUGACCUCUAACCCCAUAGCUGCCAAAUCUUACAAAUGAUACCUACUUAAUUAUUAGUACUUUAACAUAUUUAACACAAUGUUUUUGAUUUAUUAUAUUUUAUUUGAAUUUUAGCAUAACAUCAUUUACUAAAAGAGGACAGGUUAGUUGUCCUUAAUUUUCAAUGGAAGAUGGAUAUUAGUGGAUUUUGGAAUACGCACAAGAGUUUCCAGAAAUCUAUUACCAAAUAGACAUUUUUAAAUAGAUAUGACAUUGAAUGUUUACACAUUUCCUAAAAUGAUUUAUUGACAAAUGAUAUAAUUAUUGAACUAUUACUUUUUACUAUUAAUAGAUACUUUUUAGGAGAUUUGAUAGAAUUUUUGGGAGGGGACGCCAUAUAAGGGGGGACCCAUAUAACAUUCAUAAAAUAAAUUUUAAAAAAUAACAGGUUGAUCUUGCGACACAACUGAAUGGCAUAAGUCAGAGUUAAUAUAGGUAGUAUCCAAAACCUUUAUAUAUAACCUAACAUGUAUCUCAAAGUGUCAAUGAAUGUAAUUCAACUAUAAUAUUGAGCUGACAAAAAAACACAUAUAUUCAAAAUCAAUAGUAUAUUAAAAUUACAAUGAACAGUGAAUUACAGUUGUAUUAACUUACAAAAGCAAUUAUAUUAUGAAGCUGAGCACUUGUAGCAGCCUACAAGAUUGAAUUAUUUAACUGUCUAUGUUCAUUAAUAGAAAUCAAAGGGUCACAAUAUUUUAACAAUUCACCUAAAAUAUGUAUUAAUAUUUAAACAUUUACAUUGAGUACAAUUUUGUUGUUAUGCUAUAUACAUCCAGGAAUUAAUUGUGAUGCAUCAGAUUCUUCUGCAUGAUCAUACAAUUUCAUUCAUUCAUCUAUAAGUUCAGUAUGAUAUCAUAAAUAAAAGUUAUAUUUACUAUUAAUAUAAAAACAUAAAACAAUGAACGCUUAAACUGUAGCCAAAUAUGAUCUUAAUAUAUACAAAUUUAACUCUAUUAUAAAUCAUAAUUAUUUCUUUUUUAAAUUCUGUAUAAUGUGAAAUUAUUUUAUACAUGUACUAGUUAUAAAAAAUUAAAAAAUUACAUUUUUAAUUAUUAACAUUAAAUUAUGGUGAGAAACUCAGUAUAAAUUUCUCAAUUGAUCACCAAUACUAAACAAAAAAAAAUGUAUGAUCUGUGUCAAUCAUUCAUAAAAAUUUGUGAUUUUAUAAUAAAUAUUAUAGGUUUUAAUAGUUAUAAUAUUUUGAUCCAUUAUUAAAAAUAUAUAAUAGAAUACUAAUAACAAAUUCUUUCUAAUUUAUUUUUAGACACAAUAAAUUCUUCAGUUUCUCUAAAAUUUUCUUAUUAAGUACUCUCUAGAUUCAUCAUUAGUAUCUGAGCUUGCAGUAUCUCCUAUUUGAACAUUUCUUGAUCAACAAUUUGAUGACUUUGAAUAGAAUUUGAAUCACUUUCCAAUAACAUGUCUUGUCAGGACCUUGUUGGUUAGAUCUAAAAUACUAUUAGCUCGACUUUCAAGUCCACCUCUCUUAAACAUUUCCCUAAAUUGUUUUUAAAAAAAUGUUUUUUUUAAUCAUGGCAAUUAAAAGUAGGAAUGAAUCUAGUUAACUUCUUAAAUAAAAUAUUUUAUAAAAAAAUAAUCUGUGUACCUACUUUGUACAUAUUAUAUAUAUUAUUAAGUAAUAAUCAAGAUAUAAAUACAAAUUGUAUAGGUAGCUUUUGAUCUCUACCUACCUAAUAAAAUAUGAAGUUGUGCAAAAAAUCUAGGUAUUUUAAGUGGAACAAAAUAAUUAUCAAUCAUUAAUUAAAUACUUACCAAGGUGGCAUUAAAAAAUAAAAUGUAUGAAAAUUACAUUAUUUUAUACAUAUGAAUAUUAUGGUUUACUAAUGCUUGUCAAAAGAAUGCAAAUUAAUACAUUAGGAACUAAGCAGCAUUAUUUUACAAAAAAAUGUGCCUAACAACAUUAAACUAACAAAAAUGCAGGUAAUGCAAUAACUCACAAAAUAUUUUAAUUAUGUGAUUCAAUUCUGUAAGGUCUAUGAUAUGCUACAGCAUUUAAGAAACUUACCUCAUAUUUCAAUAACUUGCUGCGAUAAUUAUUUUUUUGAAAAUGUUUAAAAUAUUGUGUAGGUACUAUAAUACCAUAUUGAUGGUGUAUGGCUAUAUAUAAUAUGUGGUACUAACCAAUAAUAUUACUUUUUAUAUUAUGUGUAAAAUAAACAUAUUGCUCUUUUUACCACUUGUUUUUUUUCCUAAACUCACCCUUAACAAUAAGGUAUAUAAGAACUAGGACUGACCCUGAUGACUAGUCCACUAUUUUAGAGCUUUCACUUAAUCCUAUUUUUUAGUUUGUUACAUUUUUGCUUAAGAUCUCACUAUAAUAAACAAAAUGCAAAUGCAAAUGUAAUAUAGAUGAAAAAAUAUUUGAAUGACUUAAAAAUAUUUUAAUNCAAUUAAUAUCCAAGUUUAAUAAGAAUUCUAAAAAGGUGUUGUUCAUUGUAAAAGAUGUUUUAAAGUAAUGAGUGUUUUUGGAUGUAUACUAGAAAUGUGCCAGAUUGAAUUUGAAUUAAAAAAUUAUACCGUUUUUAAACACAUUGACCUGGACCGUAAAAUGUUUUUUGAGGACCCUUUAUAGAAAUAGCUGAUGCGGCAUUUUAGAGCUUGUACUACACUGUUUUUAACUAUAAAUAUCAAAAGGAAAUAUUGAUAACAACCAUACUAACAACAAAAUAAAUUAAUCAGUAACCGACCCCAAAUAGUAGGGACGGAGGCAAUUGGAUACCAAAUCUAAAUUUUUUUUUUAAUUAAUUUACGAAAUUUGUAUAGAUAAUGUAAAAUUUCAUGAAUGUACCCUGUCGAAAUUGUCUAAACAUACUUGAAACAUUUUUUAAAGUGUCAUAACAUACUGCUAUUGUUACAGAUCUGUUUUGUACUCCAGGCACUUAAAAAUGUGUACCUGGUUUUAUGUAGUAUUAAAUUAUAAAUAACAUGGUUAUGCAUUAUUUUCACCAAAUACAUACGUAUUAUCAAUGGCUGGUUCAUCUUCACCCGAAACCAUACUUACAGCAAUUAAUACUAGCAAACCGAAUUUAAAUUAUUAUGUGAUUAAGAAUGUAAUCAAGUUGCUAUCAUAGUGUUGUGUAUUUACUUAUCUAAAUGUAAAUUAAUGAUAUUAAUCCGCCAUUUGUAUUUCAUUCGGCUCUCUGUCCCUAGACGCUUUUAUAAAAAUCUAACUAAACUGAGAUUUAUUUUAUACAUUUUAUUUUAAACGUCCCACUACACGUUUGUCGUAAAAUAACAAUUAGUGUGAAGUUUUGUUUUAUUCUUAUUAGAUUCACAGUUAUCAAUGGGGGUGUACUGUACCAGUCCGCGUUUUCUAAUCGUCAUCCUACCCGACCCGUAGUCAUGUUGUCCGCACUGUUUAUUUUAUUAUUUUCACUUUUUGUAUGUACUGUGUAUAUCUACGGUAGACACGAAAUAAUAUUGGACGGACGCUUUAUCGUUCGCCGUUCGGCGGUUACUAUCGACUAUCGGCCAUAUUGGUUGUUGGCAUUUCGUCCUUUUGUAAUCCUUGUGUCGUCAUUUUCGUCCUACCCGUCCACUGGAUAGCUGUGUCAUUGAGGAAUGGGCCGAGUAUAUUAAUUGUUUAUGGUCUUCCGUGCGUGUUCUUAUUAUUCACGUGUUAAAUCAAGCCGCUCUUUUUCUCUUUCCAUCAAACAUUUUGAUUUGAACUCUUUGUCCUUUUGGUAAGUAUUUGACAUUGUUAUAGUAUUAUUAAUAUAAUUGACUUUUUGUUGGUACAGCAGUCAUUGUACAUUAAUUGAUUAUUAUUAUAGGUACUCUUAUGGCCUUCUAACGACACAUACAUUUAAUUAAUAUACUAUAAUAUUUUUAUUUAUUUAUUUAUUUAUAUUUAAUUGUGUAGAUUUUUAUUCUUAUAAAUCUCUAAUUUAGAUUAGUAUAUGGAAAAAUAAAAAGGGUUGAGUUUCGCUCAUUCUCAAUAUAGGUAUGUGAGAAUAAUUUAAAUGUAUUACAAAAAUCUAUUGACCCAAACAAAAUUAUAUUUUAAGGUUAUAUGUACGGAAAAUAAAAUGCAUACAAUAUGUAUGAUUGUACUUGAUAUAUUUAAUAUUUGUAUUACAAUUGCUGGAAGUGAUUGUAAAUAUUGUUAAAAAAACACCUAUAUAUAUAUAUAUAUCUUCGUGAAAAAAUAUCGUACUUUGUGUUAAUAUUAACUACCUCGAUAAUUUCACGUGCAUACAAACUAUUCUAAUUUAAUUUGUUGUUUGUUGUAAUGUGAUAGAUUCCUACAAAACUGAAUGAACGUAAAACAUGCCCAUUGUUUCUUCUGACACUUGAAAACGUGAUGUAUUCAAUGAUAUUGUCAUUAACAAGAAAAAGGUGUCCUUAUAUUAUUAAAAACAAAAUGGAUUAUUAUGGUAAAUGGAAGAUGUAAGUAUUCUUAUUUCAAUAUUGUACUCAUAUUACAACUGAUUUAAAUUAAUUUUUUUUAUUACAGCCAUGUAUUUAAAAGAAAAAAUGCACAAGGUGUUGAAAUGGUUAAUUUUUUAGAAGAUAUAACUAAAAUUUUAAAAAGAAAUUAAUGGCUAUAUCAGUAUUUUAAACAUCGGAAAAAACAAAUAUGAAUGUGCAGUUCCGCCUUAAAAACUCUGCAAGUACUCUUUUUUGACCAUAAUGAAAUACUAUUAAAAAAAAAAAAGUUUGUAGAACGUCAAUGCUGAAUUAAAAACAAGAACAAGUUUAAUAAAUCCUGAAGUUUUAACCAUUCCAAAAUAUCCUAUAUACAAAUCACAUGAAUCUACAACACAAUCAAGUGGUAGUUUUGUUGCCAAAUUUGCUGUACAAUUAAAAAAGGGAUGACAUUUUAUAGUAGACUGUCCCAAUGGCACUUAAACAUCAUGUCGGAGAACUGUGGAUGUUGAAAUCCUAACACAAUAGAGUUGAAUAUUUUUAAAAUCACUGUCUCGAACACCAAAUAAACAAAUAAAUAAUAGUAUAGAAACAAAUUGAAUUAAAAAAACUAAAGUGCACGAUAAACUUUUUGAAAGACUUAAAUGAUGUACAAGAAAUGGCUUAUGGCAGAGAUGUAAAUCAAGAUACACAGCCAUGCUCUUGAAUAAUAUAUACCGAAAAUAAAACACAAAACUUUAGAUAAAUCUUUCAAUGAAAUUUCACAAAUUGUCUAGAGUGCUACAAUAAAUAUUAAAACUUUAAAAAGAUCAGAGUAAUAAUUUUGUUGGUAGAAAUUAUAUUAAUG